AUGCAAAUAUUCACGUGGUCUCAUAAUGAAAUCACAUCAUACUGUGAUAAUUCUUGUGGGAGAAAGAUUAUCGUUCUAUCUAUCUAUCUAUCUAUCUAUCUAUCUAUCUAUCUAGAGAAACGCUAUUUUCUUAUUGCAGUAGUUUUCUUUCUGUCUUUACUAAAUACUUACCACGUUUUGUUAUGUGCUUAUCUUUCUCUGUUAUAUUCUUUCUUCCGUAUUUUACUUUUCAUUGCCCCUCUCUCUUUCUUAACUUUCUCUUCCCAUCCGUUGGUUCUUUUACUACCUCUCUUUCUCACUUUGUACAAACUUAAUGCUAAUUCGGGUUUCUUUCUUUUUUCCCCAGUCCGUAUCUAUCUAUCUAUCUAUCUAUCUAUCUAUCUAUCUAUCUAUCUAUCUAUCUAUCUAUCUAUCUAUCUCAUACCGUUCAUUAAUUUUUCUUUUCUUUCUUCCUCCCUUACUCAGACCGUCCAUAUCUAUCUAUCUAUCUAUCUAUCUAUCUAUCUAUCUAUCUAUCUAUCUAUCUAUCUAUCUAUCGUAAUGUAUUCACCAUCUGUUUAA